GGGUUCGCUCACGUUGCAAGGCAUACUAUUACAAAUCCAAAAACCUCUAAUAGAGGAAAUAAAAAAAGUUUCAUAUUUCAUCUUACGAAUUUUUGGGAAUCUGGUCAAGACGAAGCCUUUGCCAAUAGGUUCUUGCACCCACAAAUCUUCAUUGAUAUAAUGAGUACUCUUAUGAGUAUUUAUACUAAUACAAACGUUGAAGACAUUACGGACACUCGUCUACAUAUGUGGUCUAAACAAUGUCUUAGUGAAGUACUUAAUUCAAUCCGUAUAUUCACGAGAAUAAUGCCAUCAAGCAACAAUUGUGUCGCCGCUGCUGCUGCUGCUGCUGCUGUUAAAAGCAAUGAGAAGGAAACACCUCAAACUUCUGCUGCAAUACAAGUGUCAACGGACGAUCCAGAGGAUCAGGUUUUUCAAGAUGUGCGAGAUCGCAUUAACCAAUUGACAGAAUCUUCGGAUCCCUGGGGAGGAUGUGACGAAGACAUGGCAUGGACAUCGAGAAUCGACAACGCUUCGAAUGAAAAACCAAUGCUGGGGGUAGGGGGUUCCGAAGAGGAAAAAGAAGGGCUCGAUAAGCCGACCGAACAUGGUGUUGACAACGCAGUAGAAGAUGGCAAGGAAUAUCAGGCUGCGAUUACCCAAGUUCGCAAAGACAACGAAGAAGAGUGCAUAACACAAGUUGUAAAAAGCUAUGACGGACAACCGAUAUGCCAGGAAGAGUCCCAAUAUCAUGGAAGCGAAAGAGCGCUUAUUGGUAACGAUGGCAUAGUUAUUCAAGAUUGCCAAUACGAUAAAGAGUGUGAUAUACAAUUCAUGACUAAUGGGGAAGAAGAAAUGUGUGACAAACAUAAGCGCUACUCUGAAGCAGGCGCUUGUGACAACGUUGAACUCUAUGAUAAAGUUAAUGGAGAUAUCGACGACCGACCAGCACCCCCUUUGGUGGACGAGGUGUCCUGGCAACCACCACUCAAUCUUGACGAUGUUCUGAAACAAUCCAUUGCCGAGUGUGAUUUACCUUGCAAUGAAGAUGUCGGCUGUAACGAAGAUGCACCCUGCAUGCAAGGUCGAAUCAAUUUUGACGAGAUCGAUUUACGUACACCAUGUCCUAGCUCGUCAAAAGAACCUGGUACAUCGAUUAUCAACAGGGUGGCUAUUAAUAACGUAUGCAAGCGAAGAUUAGCAGAAGAAUUAUUUCAAGGUAUCCAUACAGACUCUGAGUUUAAUUUUGACCCUUGAUUACUAAAGAGAGGAUGAACAAGUCUUAUAUUGAAGAUCUAAUCAAAUACGGUUUUGAUAGUAAUGACAGUAUUGACGAUUGUUUAUCACAAUCGUCAAUAUAUGAUACAUUAAUUGACGAUAGCGUCUAUAGUGAUACUUAUUGUGACAAUGCGGACGAUGAUAAUGACAAUACAUCGUAUUAUAAUCGAGUCAAGAAUGAUGAUGAAAACGACGUGGACGACAAUGAAAACGACGUGGACGACAACGAAAACGAAAACGACAUCGAAGACGAAGAAAAAAAAUGUGAAAUUGAAUUUUGUAAAGACAUCCCACCAUGUAAAAACAUGAAGAUAUAAGUGUGAUUUCAAUAAACAUUUAUGA